UUCAUUUUCCACUUUUGAGCUAUAGCGCCCACCUCCAGUCUCCAGUAAUAUUAUUAUCGCAGAGUUUGAACUUUUGUUACAACUGAAUGGUCGCUUCCGGAGUACGUGAGCAUGUCUCUGUAUUUGAAGGAAAACGAGCUGCAACACUCUGCAUACGAGUGGAAUGGUGUGGAUGUUGAAGUGGAUGGUAUUCUUCAACACGGUUAUGUCAUCGGCCUAGAACACAACGGAUGCUGCUUGCAGCGUCUGCUUGUGGAUUUCGGAUGUUGGACGCAACGGUCGGUCCCAGUUGAUUACGGGAAGGCUUUUCAGCGCUCUCUUCAGAACAAAAGAGAUAAAAAUUGUUUUACCAACGAUAGCGUUCCUGCGAAGACUUACCCCACCGUAGAGGCACUGAUCGGCGGCCAUCCAAGCCAGCCUUGGAAAUGGUACCCCGCCAAAAACCUCAUGGCACACCUUGCUGAUCUGUUCGACUACUCUGUAGUGGAAGUGAUUCAAGAAAAUCGCAAUAUCCGAGAACUGAUUCCAGAGAGCCAAAUAAGGUGGACGCAAUCGGGCACAGCACCCCGGUUGAAACUCGUUCGUCCAGCUGAUUUUGUGAUAAGAUCGUGCACUUUCCCUGCAGGAUUUUGGUCCUCCUUGGAGCCAUGGAAAGCCAUGAGCCUGCGCUGUAGGAUACAGCAUCGAUGUAGUCUGUUUAUUAUAUCGGUCGUCCGUGAGACGAUGACUUAUCUUGAUCGCCCCAAUGGUUACAUCAUGCCCAAAGAACAUGGAGAUGCAUGGAAAGUGUUCUAUCAUCUUCGCGAUGAGAUACGAUAUAAAGACAACAGGAAAAGAACGGAAGAUCGUGUAAAGAUCCAAAAUUUGCAAAAUGAUGAUGAAGCAGCCGACACCGGCGAACUCACUCUGAUACUACCUCCUGAGCUUUUGAAAGGAAUCUUCCGGUCACUCGACACCAUUAACCGGCUGCGCUGCCGACGCACUUGUCACUUGUGGAAUGAUAUCCUAGGUUCCCCGGAAUUUUGCCGCGAUGUCGUUGUACAGAUACAACUAGAGCAGUCAAUGUCUGAUACUACUGACAACUGUCAGCAGUCCAUUUAUGAAGCAUACGCAUGCUUUUGGAAGUGCGUUACAUCCAUUACCCGCACAGUCCGCAUACAGGGCGGCCUUGUUCACCCGGAUGACGAUGGUGAAAAAUGGGGACGUCGACGCAUCACCGAUGCGAUGCUCGACUGUAUCCAACAGGUACUGGAGCACACCGGCACUCGCAUUAAUCAGUUAGCGUUUGACCGCCGCGACAUGACAAUCACCAGUGCUUUCAACCGCCGUUUCGGAGAUUACUGUGAUGAUCUAGCUUGCACCUACUUCAACCUGGCACCGUGGUGCCAGCGCAUAGUCUGGACCAAUGUUUCGUUCUGCUACAUAAAAGACGGCCAUCAAAUCUAUAUUCGCAUUCCGCGGGGAGAGUUCGAUCUGAAAAGCGUCAAUGCUGCCCAGAUUUGGGAUUUAUUGGAAGCACAUCUGGAUCUCGUGAAGGCGCUAGAUAUGGAGCGUAUCGCACAAUGGAUCAUAUCAGCAGGACAGACGAAGUGCAACACAAGCGGUGAACGGAUCAUCCGGGUACAAUUCAAUGUUUCUCUUAUAGGAAACAGUUCUGCACCGCAUUGCAAUAAUAUUUCGAUAAUACGUACAAUGUACGACAAAAAGAGGUUGAACCGAUCAGUCGGUCCGCGGUUCAAAAUAACCUCGCAACGACACGCCACCACUAAAACUUGGACGCUUACUCACUACUUUCAGACGCUCGCGCUCCGUGAUAUCAAAGUGCAGCUAUACUGGUUGCAUAUCAAAAGGUGUAGAAAAAAAUUUUUAACUUUUUGAUACUAAACCUGUGACUGUUUAUGGCGAACAGCACAAAUUCUAGCCAUUUUGCUUUCCCAUAGAGUAUAGACUUGAGCACUGAUUGCAAGCCAAACGGUUAUGCGCACAGAUCCUAUGCUGUGUCUACGAGAAAGCAAAAUGGCUAGAAUUUUUGUUGGUCGCCAUAAACAACCACAGGUUUAGUAUCAAAAAGUUUAAAAUUUUUUUCUACACCUUUUGAUAUGCAACUAGUAUAGCUGCACUUUGAUAUCACGGAGCGCGAGCGUCUGAAAGUAGUGAGUAAGCGUCUAAGUUUUAGUGGUGGCGUGUCGUUGCGAGGUUAUUCUGAACCGCGGACCGACUGAUCGGUUCAACCUCUUUUUGUCGUACAUUGUAUUUUGCAGGUGCUGACAACGUACCAGAGCUGCGAUCCGCGUCUUUCAGCCUCUUAUUCCAAGAGAAAAUGGAAAACGAAAAUUCUGCGCAGUUUGGGCGUUCGGAAACUAAAUCGAUUAUGUUUGUAUGUUUUAUGGUAUAUUGCUCCUAUAUUGCUCCUUGAGACGGAUCCACGGAGCUAAAAGUUUGUCUAUCUGCCGAGAUGGAUUUUAAAGGUUUCAGAAUUUAUUCUGUACUGUUGCGAAAACAUGAUGGUAACGUGAUUUCGUAACCAGCGGAACAAGAUCGCGCAAGGUCACUUUUUCAUCAGCAUGGUUUCAAAUAAGAGAUGUUUAACAAAAGUGGCACGGUAUGGGAAUGAGUACCGUUACGUUUCCCGACUACGCCAAUGGCAGUGGCUGGAGGAGUAUGAGGUGACGAAUAACCGAAAAACGGGGUACUCAUAUGGCAUUUAUAUUAAUUUGUUCACUCUGUUGUACGCCGUGAGUGGUUAUGCUGACCGGAACUUAAGAAAACCUUUCCGGUACUGAUAUCAGUUAAUUUGUACCUAUGCACGGAAACUAUCGCUUCCGCGCUCUUCAAAAAAUAUAUAAUGUUUCCAAUUUUUUUGUA